UUCCUGUUUGUCGCACGGUUUUUGAAAGGAUUCACAGGAAAACAUGAAUAAUUGAUGUCUCACUCAAGACGCAGAUUUAUCGAUCAGUCCGGUCGAAAAACGGGGUGGUUAGAGGCCGUUUGCCGCAAAGAAAUGAGUCCCAGUUCUGGGUUCGGGCGAGCGAACUUCACCCUCUUUCUGUCUCUGUGAUGCGGGAAAUUAUUAACGUUCAAGUUGGCCAGUGUGGAAACCAAAUUGGUUACAAGCUUUGGGAAAUUCUCUGCGCGGAACAUGGAAUAAACCAGGAGGGUAUUUAUGAUGGAAACUGCAAUUCCCAGUUGGAGAAAAUUGAUGUUUACUUUGCCGAGGGUGCCGGCAAUCGGUUUGUACCGCGUAGCGUCCUCGUCGACUUAGAGUCUGGCACGAUGGAUUCGCUCCGGUCCGCUUCGUUUGGAAAGGUCUUUCGACCCGAUAAUUUUGUUUUCGGCGAAAGUGGAGCAGGGAACAACUGGGCCAAAGGGUUUUACACAAAUGGAUGUAACCUUCUGGAGGAGGUCUUGGACGCGGUUAGAAAAGAAGCCGAGGCAUGUGACUCGAUCCAGGGCUUCCAGGUUGCGCAUUCUCUGGGAGGCGGUACGGGGUCUGGGCUCGGUACGCUGAUACUCUACCAUCUACAAGAGGAAUACCCCGACCGGAUUCUGAGUGCUGUCAGCGUUUUCCCGUCUCCGAAAGUUUCCGAGAUUGUCAUUGAACCUUACAACGCCACUUUAGCUGUUCAUCAGUUGAUCGAGACCACCGAUGAAGUGUUUUCGUUCGACAAUGAAGCGCUGUAUGAUAUUUGUUUUAGAACGCUUAAACUGGAUACUACCACGUAUUCGGAUUUGAAUCACAUUAUAUCCACCACCAUGAGCGGUGUGACUACUUGUCUUCGUUUUCCCGGACAGUUAAAUGCAGACAUGCGCAAAUUGGCCGUGAACAUGAUUCCCUAUCCUCGCCUUCACUUCUUCAUGCCUGGAUUUGCACCGCUGACCAGUAGACAGUCACAGACAUUUCGUAAUCUGACAGUAGCUGAGCUGACUCAGCAGAUUUUCAACGCCAAAAACGUUAUGAUCGCCUGUGAUCCUAGAAAUGGUAGAUACCUUACAUACGCAGCGAUGUUUCGCGGCAAAAAGCUAUCGAUGAAAGAAGUCGAGGAUCAAAUGGCAAGCGUGCAGGACAAAAACUGUGGGCAUUUCGUUGAAUGGAUUCCACAUAACGCCAAAGUUGCGGUUUGUGAUGUUCCUCCACACGGAAUGAAAAUGUCGGCAACUUUCAUCGCUAAUAACACAGCUAUUCAAGAAUUAUUUAGACGACUCAAUCUGCAGUUUAGGGUCAUGUAUAGGAGGAGAGCGUUUCUUCACUGGUUUACUGAAGAAGGGAUGGAUGAAAUGCAAUUCACUCAGGCGGAGUCUGACAUGUUGGACCUAAUUUCAACUUAUCAGCAGUGUCAGGACCUUAAAGUCGACACGAGUCUUGAUGACCUAGAAAUAAAGGACCUUGAGGAGUUCGAGGACUCUCUUGAAUCAUGGGACUGUUUAGAUGGUCACAUGAAUGGUCACGUAAACAGUUUGCUAGCCUGAUGUGACUGAAGGAGAAAUUUGCACCCAAUUAAAGUUCGUACUUUUGAUUGGCUCAUUUUUGUACUUACUAAAUAAGGCACAUCACGUGACAUCUCGUGCCAUUUUGAAUCUUGCUACUUCCGAGAAUCGUUGAAUCAAGAGUUCCAAGGCAGCAAAUAAAGAUGCCAAGAGGUCCACGAUCAUGCACAAUUUUUUGUUUUGUGCUCGUACUGUUUGUUUGAAUAACGUAACCGAAACGUUUUUAUUGGUUAGUUCCUCAGUCAGUAGUAAGCGGCUAGUGUGCUUUGAGCACGAUCAAGGCCAAAAACGAACAAAAAACAUACAAGAAAGAACUUGGCCGGGUUUCAUAAUCAUUCCCUUCUAUUAUUAUGAUUGUUAUGCCUGCGCAAGUUUUCUGCGAUAAUGUUACGUCCAGCAACAAAAGCGACGUGUUUAAAUUUAAAAUUUUGUUUUCUUAUAAACGUGUUGUAGUUCCUGUGUCCACGCCCUAGGCUUUGUAUAUCGAGGGACAAAACCGACACCACAGCAAGAAAGGAAGUUACAUGACGUUAAACGAUGGCAAUAAGUUUAUACGACGACUUUUGGAAUGCUCGUUUUAUCCCUUUGACAGGACCAUAGAACAAACAACAGAAACAAUGUCCUUAGCCCUAAAACAAAAACAGCUGCUAACAAGCAGAAGAAUUACAAGCUUACGAGAGCUCCUACACUUCUGCUUAUUUCUGAUUUGAAAACAGAAAUCGAACUGCUCAGCAACUCUGCAGUAGUUCCUUCCAUGUUGUGAUGCCGGUUCUGCUGGUUAAUUGGAAGAAUUCAGUCGUCAUACUCGCUUGUACUUUAGUUUUAAUCAGGUUUUAACAAUCGAAAAAGAAAAAGCACAUUCAGAUUGAUCAAUUCAUUACAACGACUCGAAACGACGCUAUAAUGUUUUCAAUAUUUAUUCGCAACUAACUCGUCCCCAGUUCUUCUCUUGUGCCGUAAAGGGUGAGAAUUGAGGGACUUAGUGAAACUCGUCCGAACAAGGAGGGGAUUGUGGGAAGGUAGAGGAGUAGACAUGAAUGAAGGAGGGAGUCUUCAAUCUUUCCUCUUUCCUCUUUCCCAUCAGAACUUUCAAGAGACUAGAGGCGUGUCAGUAUUAGCAACAUUUCGUAUCACGGAGCUUCAGGAAGUGAACCGAUAUCACACUCUCAAUAUUGACCCUUCCCUCCUUAAAAUUCGAAACCUUGGAGCAUCAGUAAAGUAAUAACAGAGGCCACGGCAAAAGUUUUUCAGAAUAAAAGAGUGUUAAGGUUUAAAACCUAAUUGUAUCGUUGCAUUGUCCCCAAUGAAUUUACGACGAAAUUCGUCGUUUUACGCUACCAUAGUGGCGCCAUUCUUUGGAACAGUCUUCCUUGCGACUUAAGGGAAGCAGAGUCCCUGAGGCAAAUUAAACGACGGCCUACUCAAAGGAGAUGCCUAAGGCACGGCAUUCGUGGAAAGCAGCCUUUUUUAUUUAAUUAUCCCAUUAUAUUAGACAUUACACAUUAGGAAUUAAAUAAAUUUUAAACCGUGUUUAAAUAGAGAUUAUGAAUGUGUGUACCCAUCCACCUUUACGUCAGCGAUGAUCCUCUUUGCUUAGGCAAAAAUUUAUUUCAUUUCAAUGAUAUCAAAUCUUUUCACACAAGCCAUAUAGACAC